AUGGCGUUGAAAGCGUCUCGGCACGGUAAUCGCACCGAAUUCCACUACUGGGGAUACUCGUUUCAUUGGUCCGACCUUCAUCAGUCUGAAGAGGAACUUCGUCCUAUGGCCCAUACCUAUGACACUCUGGCUGAUGAGUGCGUGAAACGACUCAAUAAGAUACCCACAAACGGAGACUCGGACAAGCCUUUCCAUAAGGAUUUAUAUACUCUGCUUAAGACCCAUGCCGACGAGGAUUCAAAGCUUCAAGAACUUUGGACUCAGGUCAACACAGUUCCUGAAUGGGUAGAUUGGAAGCAAAUCCAAAGAGGGCAAGAUGUAUUCUUUCGAUACGGAGUUCCAAUAUUGAACGUGCUUAGCUUUCAAAGCCUACUAGGCGGGAUGGGCGCAAUCCGAGUGGUAGAAACCCUCUCCCGGACAGGCGGUUUUGGCGCAAAAGUAGUCCGCCGCCGCCUACUCGAAACCCUCCAACACGUCCUCCAAGUGAACAGCUCCACCGAAGCUAUGAAACCGGGCGGCGAAGGAAACAUAUCCUCAGUCCGAGUCCGACUCCUCCACUCAACAGUCCGUCUCCGGAUCCUAAGUCUAGUCGACCAAAAACCAGACUACUACGACGUAACCAAACACGGAAUCCCAGUGAACGAUCUCGACUGCAUCGGCACGAUAAACACAUUCUGCAGCUCGGUCGUCUGGCUCGGACUACCACGUCAGGGUAUCUUUCUCAGCGAGACCGAGAUCGAGGACUAUAUUGCUCUUUGGAGGCUUGUGGCGUGGUAUAUGGGUACGCCGACGGAGUCGCUUGAGAGUACGCAGAGGGCAAAAGCUACUAUGGAGUCUUUGUUGAUUUCGGAGAUCGAUCCUACGGAGGUGGGGAGGGUUCUUGCGAAGAAUAUUAUUCUGGGAUUGGAGAAUACAGCUCCUGCUUAUGCUUCGAAGGAGUUUAUGGAGGCUAUGAGUCGGCUUUUGAAUGGGGAUCAGUUGUCGGAUGAGUUGGAGAUUCCGAGAUCGAGUCUUUAUUAUCGGUUGCUUAUUUGGGGUUAUUGUUUCUGGGUUUCUGGGAUGUCCUAUGUUAUUCCGCGGAUUUCUUUUUUGGAUCGGUCGAUGAUCUCACUCCGACGAGAACACUUCUAUAAGAUGAUUCUUGAUGAGAAGAUUGGCCUUGGACGCGAAUCUCACUUUGAUUUUAAGUAUAUUCCAACACUCACUCGGACUACCCGGCUGGGGCAGCGAAGGACAACCAAGUUUGAGAGACGUGGGGUUGAAAGUCUAGCGCGAUUGGGACUUCUUGCUGCACUUAGUGCGUUGCUUACUCUCAGCAUGGGGUUGAUUUUUGCAGUGAGAGUUAUACCGUCAAGCCAGUUGUUCAUGAGAUGA